CACACACACACUCCCACAGCCAACACACACACACACACACACACACACACACACACACAGCCAACACACACACACACACACACACACACACACACACACACACACACACACAGAUCAUUCCGCCGAAGAAAGCGCUCGGUUCAGCCGCCAAACAAGAAGGAAGGAGUCCCGGAGGAACGACUGAAUACCGGAACGAUGGAGUUUCUUAAAGACGAGAAAGAAGACGCGAGUGAUGCAGAAACACACGGAGAGAAAGACACCGACGAGCAGAGAGAGCUGAUGGAAGUGGAAGAGGAAAGCGAAGAACUGAGUGACGUUGAAGAGGAAAGUAAAGAACUGCAUGAAAAAUCUUCUAAAAAGAAUGUGUCACAAAAGAGAACUCGGAGAAACGGAGCUAGAAAGUCGUGCACCUGCUGUCAGUGUGGAAAGAGUUUCACAUGUAAAGGAAGCCUGAAGGAUCACAUUAGAAUUCACACUGGAGAGAGACCUUUCACAUGCAAGUACUGUGGAAAUGGAUUUAAACAAAGAGCGAGCCUUACAGAACACAUAAGAAUCCACACCGGAGAGAAGCCGUUCAAGUGCACUCAGUGUGAGAGGAGUUUUCGACAAAAAGGAGGCCUUACGGGCCACAUGAGAAUCCACACUCAAGAGAAGCCUUUUACAUGCCAGCAGUGCGGGAAAACUUUUGCACAGAAUGGACAGUUUAAGAUACACUUACAAAGUCACUCUGGUGUGAAGCCCUUCAUCUGUCCUCAGUGCGGGAAGGGUUUUGAUACGGCAGCGCACCUGAAAGCACACGAGAUGGUUCACAGUGAAGUGAAGCCGUAUCACUGCGCUCCAUGCGGGAGGAGUUUCAACCAGAUGACCGCUCUUCAAAGACAUUUAAAGUCCUUCAUACAUAAUAAAUACAGGCCGCUAGAGAGAUUCAUGCUCCAGAGUGGCUCCUCAGCUCAUGGAUGGCCUUCAGGACUGAAUGUGUCCUUCACUAAAACACACUCCCUGCAGUGAAGUUCCUACCAUUUCAGUCGUAGAUCAACGCAUUAAAUAAUUAAAACAUGUCUAUGGUUUAAAAUUCAGGAGUAACAAUAUUUUUAAAUGUAUAAAAUUACUUGUGUAUGGUAGGGUACAACAGGGCUAAAGGCCCACCUUAAGAAAAAAUGUGCCAUGCACUGCGCCUAAAAUGUAUAAUUGCAGAAAGAAUGUAUACAUUG